AUGAAGUUCAUCGGGGUAUUUGCCGCUCUUUUCGCUUUCGUUACUGCUGACUCAAGCAAUCCGAGCAACGCACUCAGGGACUUUACAGUCGAUUAUAACUGGGAAUGUGGCAAGGUGCUAAACUCUACACUUGACCUCAACAGCUGUGAAUACCUGUUGAACUGGCUUGGAACCGCUUCCAAGACUGGCUGGUGGACGAUAGGAACAGCCGACGUGAUGAAUUGGUCGUCGGGCUUUUGUCAAGUGACCAUCAAAUCUGGACCUCUUUCUCACUUUGUCCUCAACAUGAAUGGUGAAGAGUUUGCUCAAGUCACUCAGUGGGCGCACAAAGAAAAGUGUAAGCUUGGAGGGCAACGCACCAUGAUCGCAGCGAAAAAUUCUAGCUGGACAGCCUACAUUGUCGAACCUGGUUGGGAUCACAAGAGCAGCGUUUUUUAG